AUGAAGGAAGGCGGCGCCAGCGAUCCAGAGGUCCGAGGAUUCUGUCCUGUCUCUCCUGAUCCUCAAAGUGGAGACUACGGCGACAACGGCAUCCUCGAUCUCACGACGCCUGACCCCGAGCAAAAUUUCUCUGUGCAUGAGCCUCAACCCAUCGCUGCGGGCCAAGCAAAGGACCAGCCGACAACCUCUGAGCUUUGGGCGGGGUCGUCUGUCGAGCACGCCGAUAUUCAGCCAAUCGCACCUGAACUGCCUGAACUGGUACAACCUCAAGAGCCUCCGACGCAACAGCAGCUGCUUUCUCUGGCAGUUCAACUCCGAAUGGAAUACCUGAGAUGGAGCCAACUGUCUUUCCGAGUGCAGCUGGCAACAGAGCUGACAUAA